AUGACGACCACUCUCGCCAGAAAGCCAAAGCGCAGGACGGGCGCCGCGGACAGGGCGACGGCGGACUACGCCCAGGGCCAGCGGGCCCAGGGGUCGCGCGAGACCGCGAGGCGGGCGCACCAGCCUGGCACGCGGGCGAGGUCGGCGAGGAGGAGGGUCAGCAUGAAGGGGAUGUGGGCGCGGGCGCCGAAGAAGGAGUUUGUCGUGGCGUCGCGGCACGAGUAG